GAAAUGCCUGAGGGGAAUCACACCACAGUGUCCGAGUUCAUCCUGCUGGGAUUCACAAAUGACUGGCUGACCCAGAUGGUCCUUUUUACGGUCUUCCUAGUCAUCUAUGUAGUCACCCUGCAGGGGAAUCUAGGGAUGAUUGCUCUGAUUCACCUUGACACCCAGCUACACACAUCCAUGUACUUUUUCCUAAGUAACCUGUCCUUCUCUGAUCUCUGCUAUUCCACUGUUGUGGUCCCCAAGACUCUGGCAAACCUCUUGGACAAGAAGAAAGCCAUUUCAUUCACUGGCUGUGCAGCCCAGUUCUAUUUCUAUGCUGUGUUUGCCACAGUGGAAUGCCUCCUGCUUGCUGCCAUGGCAUAUGACCGUUAUGUGGCCAUUUGUAACCCACUGCUGUACCACAUUGUCAUGUCCCAGAAGGUCUGCAUCCAGCUAGUGGUGGCUUCCUAUUUGGUGGGCUGUAUAAAUGGCAUGAUACACACCACCACCAUCUUCAGUCUCCCAUUCUGUGCUUCCAACGUCAUUGACCACUUCUUUUGCGAUGUGCCCUUGAUACUGAAACUCUCUUGCACUAACACCCUGAUCAACCAAGUCCUGCUGUUCAUCAUUUCCUCCUUGAUUGGCCUCUGCUCUUUCUUCAUCAUUCUCAUCUCCUAUAUCUACAUCCUCUCAGCCAUCUUGUGGAUUCGCUCCAAUGAGGGCAGGCGCAAAACCUUCUCCACCUGCACCUCCCACCUGAUGGCUGUCAGCUUGUUCUACACUACUAUCCUCUUUAUCUACCUGCGCCCCAGCUCCAGCUACUCUGAGGGGCAAGACCAAGUGGCUGCUGUCUUCUACACAGUGGUGAUCCCCAUGGUGAACCCCCUCAUCUACAGUCUGAGGAACAAGGAGGUGAAGGAUGCCCUGAGAAGAAUAGUACGGAAAAAAGGGUCUUCCAUGGGAACAUAA